UGAUAACAUAAUUGUUUGUUUAUUGAAUUCAAAACCUUGCUUGCAACACAUUUGUUUUUUCCUACCUUUGAAGCUACAAAGCUACUCACAAGUUUUUUAAAAAAAAUAAUUUUUGUAAUUUUGCUAUAUUCCUUUUUAUACUUGUAGAGUAGAUAAUGUAUCAAUAUAUUGCCUUAUUUGUUUUGGUCCUGACAUGCUAUGAAAUCUCUGGAUUGGACAAUGGUCUUGCAAGAACACCACCAAUGGGGUGGUUACAGUGGGAGCGAUUUCGUUGUAUUACAGAUUGUAAAACGUACCCUAACCAAUGUGUUAGUGAGGCUUUGUUCAAAAGAACUGCAGAUCGGUUAGUUAGUGAUGGUUAUGCGCAAGCUGGUUACAAGUAUGUUAAUAUUGAUGAUUGCUGGCCGGAACACCAGCGUGAUGUUGAUGGUAACUUCGUAGCAGAUCAUGAAAGAUUUCCCAGCGGCAUUAAAGAACUUGCAGAUUAUAUUCAUGGAAAAGGAUUAAAGAUGGGCAUUUAUACAGAUUUUGGUACUUUAACUUGUGGAGGAUAUCCGGGUAGUAUAUUUCACAUGGAGAAAGAUACAUCAAUUUUUGCUGAAUGGGGUAUUGACAUGAUAAAAGUUGAUGGAUGUUAUGCCUGUGGUAACCUUUAUGCUGAUGGAUAUAAAGCAUUUGGAUGGUAUAUGAAUCACACACAAAGACCAAUGUUGUACUCUUGCAGUUGGCCAGCAUAUGUAUCCAAAGAUAAGCCAUACAAAGAUAUUGCUAAUCUUUGCAAUAUAUGGAGAAACUAUGGUGACAUACAGGAUUCUUGGGCAAGUGUGAUUGACAUUAUAAAUUACAAUGGUGAUCAUCAAGAUGAGAUUGUACCAUUUGUUGGUCCUGGAAACUUUAAUGAUAUAGAUAUGUUACUUAUUGGCGACUUUAGUUUAAGUGAAGAGCAAUCGAAAACACAGUUUGCUAUUUGGUCCAUCUUAGCUGCACCAUUGUUUAUUUCUGCAGACUUAAACACAAUGAAACAAUGGCAAAAGGAUAUUCUCUUAAAUAGUGAAGUCAUUGCCGUGAACCAAGAUCCAUUGGGUAAAAUGGGAAGACGAGCUUCAAAGACAAAUACCCAGCAAACAUGGAUACGUCCUUUAAAAAACAAUACAUUUGCUGUUGCAUUAAUGAAUACACGAACUGAUAUUCCAGUAUAUAUGUCCACUGAUUUCUCUACGCUAAACAUUACUGGACCAUUUUAUGUACGUGACCUAUAUGAACACAAAGAUCUUGGAAUUUUUGCCACAUCAUUUAAAGCUAUGGUCAAUCCAUCAGGAGUUGUCAUGGUCAAACUUACCAAAACAAAAAAGAUGUUAAAGAAGGUUACUGACUAUGUAAAGUUUGAUACAGAGGAAUUUGAAGUAGAGUUUUAGUUUAUUAGAAUUUGAUUUAUGUUAGUGUAAUUAUUAUUUGAUUUAAAUUUUCUAAUCUAUAUUUAUGGAAAACAUUAAUCAUCUGUUGUCCUUAAUGCGCAUCUUUUUAAUUAUUUUUCAUUUCUUACUUAAAUCAGUUUUUGUUUUGUUUUACAUCAUUUUUAUUAGCUUCCACCGUCAUUUUCUAUUAGAUAACCUGUCCAGAUAUUUUCAAUAUCUUAUAUAGUAACAUGUGAAAAGAAAGUAAACAGAUUGAAUUAACAAGUAAAAUUAUCUUAAAUUUUUUCCCCUGUUUCUGACAAAGAACAUUUUUUUAUCAUGAUGGCAUCGCACAUUUGGUUUUCAAAGUUUUCAACCAAAACAGAAAAUUAAGUCUAUUUAGUCUAUUUUUUUGUUUAUUUUUUUGUCUUUAUUGUUGAUUUAUAUCAAUAGAUAACCAUGUUGUGUCAUUGCCUUUUCGUUUAUUUUUUAUUUUUUAUACGUGAUAAGAAAAAGGAUAUAAUAUGUUUUUGUAAAAACCUAUGUUUAAAUUUAUAUACCAUUAGGUUAAUUAAGAAUUUUUGGAAGUUAAUAUUAGCAUAAAGUAAAAAAAUUACUAUUUCUUUCUUCCUUUCUACCAUUUUUGAUAUUCUAUAUUAUGAUGCCUAUAUAUGUCUUUCUAUGAGCCAAAAUUCCUUAAUUCUUUUUAAAUUGUUUUAAACUUUUAAAACUUUUUAAAAACCAGGGGGUUUAUUAAAUUGAAAACUGCAUUAUUUUCAUAUGACAUUUUGAAUAGUCACCUCAACUUGCAGAUAAUUUUUAUUUACAAAUUUUUUGUAUUUUUUGAAACUAAUUUCACAUUUUUGUGCCACAGUUUCAGUAUACAUCCUUGCUACGCAUGAAAGUAUUGGGAUAAAAAAAUGCGUGCAAUUUUUACAGUAAGAGUUAUAAGUAAGAGUUGGUGUGAUAUUUCGCAGGCAAAAAUAUACGAAAGAAAUUAGAUAAUUAAUUUUUUAGAGUUGAUUAUAUGAUAAAUUUAAUUAAUAUGUCUUUGGUUUCCUCCCCUUAUUUUCAAAAUGUUUCAAAAAAUGCCAAAUUUAAUUUCAUACUUCUCCCACAGUUUCUUGUUAUUAUCAAUGAAAAUAUACAACAUGAAAAGAUGGCAAGUAUCCAUAAAGUUAUUGUAAGUUGCUGUAUUGCAUGUUAAUCGUGAAAUACAUUAUGUACGCUUGUCCAGAA